UGAGAAGGAAGACAAGCAGGCAGUGAGGUGGAGGAAAGUUGGAGGUUUGCCUCUGAGGUGGGUGGGAGCGUUCCUGCUGACACCAGUGGCGAGUCACAACGCGUCCUCGGUGCUGAGAUCAAGUAGACUAACCGGAGGUGAGGACUGCUGAGUUCAUUCCCCUAUUUAAAAAAAACAACAACAACAAAAAAAAACCAAACAAAAAUAAAAAAAAAAAAGAAACCAACAGUGGGAAAAAGUACUUUUGAGUAUUUUGGUCUUUGCCGAUUAUUUGUCUGCUGUGGUCUCCCGAUGUUUCUCAAGAGGAUUUUGCUCCUGUUUGGACUGGUAGCCUCAGGUAUGCUCCCGGUCAGCGGGAUUCGUAUAUAUACUUCUGGGGAUGUGGAGGCGGUCAACGGAACAGACAUUCGUCUCAAGUGUACAUUCAGUAGUUCCUCUAACGUCAAUCCCAAUGCCAUCAUCAUCUCCUGGAGCUUCCGACCCUUGAAACCAGGCCGAGAAGAAUCGGUGUUCCACUACCAGCAAAAGCCAUAUCCUCCUCAAGAGGGCAUUUUUCGGAACCGCAUCAUCUGGGCUGGUGACAUCAUGGGUCACGAUGCCUCCAUCAUAAUUCGUGAAGUCAAGUUCACCUACAACGGCACUUACACUUGCCAAGUCAAGAACCCGCCAGACGUCCACGGCUCGGUUGGAGAGAUUCGACUACGUGUCGUCACUACAGCCUCUUUCUCUGAGCUUCUGCUGCUGGCGUUCGCCAUCGGGGGAGGGAUCACCGUUGUGGUUCUCCUCCUCAUCAUUAUAGUGUCCUGCAGGAGGUGCAAGAGGAAGAGACAAAGGCGGAAUGGGGAAGUGGAGGCUCCUCGCAAAGAGAGAAAAGAUCCCACAGUAUGCUGACUGUGGGGAUUGGGCUUGUGGCGCUCCUUCCUGGGGCCUGGGACUCUUUCCCGCUGGACAUUAAACUUCUUCCUUCCUUUUCAACCAAUCUUUGGAUCCAGUUGAAGGGCAGCUUCCAGUAAAGAGAAGACAAUGAAAAAGCGCCCCUAUGUGAAAAAAAAUGCAGACACAGAGAUGUUUUGAUGUCACAAUGUGCCUUUCACUUGUGCAAUGUUUUUUGUGUAAUCACUUCGUCUUUUCCUGAUCACUUAAAUUAACUCAAGACAUCAUUUUCUGUCUAUAGACAAUUUGUUUUGAUGAUGUGGCAUUUGAACAAUGGCGUAUUCCCUAUGUUUACUUGCCUACUAAUACAUUUCAAACAGGUCCAAGUAAGAUGUUUGAUUGAGGCAACAGGAACUGAUUGGUUUCAUUCCACGACUCUGUAGCACAAUUUAAAGUGGUUCAAUUUAGAGCUGAUUACAAUUUACAGAUUGAGUCUGCUCUAACCCUUCUCACAUGCAUUUCUUUCAUCACCAUUUGCUGUCCUAAACGUAUAUAUAAAUGUCUUCUCUUGCUUGGGCUCCACUUUGCACUCUUGGGUUUUCAGAUCGCCCUGUGAAAUUCAUCUCGGUUAAGGUGAAGGCAUUCUUGCCUCUCGAGAAAAAGUGGCUGUAAAUACAGGUGGUGGUUGAUGUGGACAGAACCUUGAAUGAAAUCUUACCCAGUAUGCCAAGUUCUUGAUACCCUGUGUGACUCUAACACUUUCUCACUGCUGCUUUUUGUGUCAUCUGCUUGUCUGUCAUUUCCUAUUUGUGCGUGACGUCUUCUGCACAUGCAUUUACAUGAAUCAUUCAUGAACGUACGUUCAUGUAUUUCAUCCUGUGUGUGUGUUAUGUUGCUCUCGUUUCCUUCUCGGUGCACGUCUCUCCGUGUCCUAGCCACCCAAUGAGGGCCAUCCACCUGUACCUAUCACAGACGUCCAUAGAGAUUGACAGUUCAGAUGGCAUGAUCUCAGAGGCCAGCACUAAAGAUCCCAGCUCCGAAUCGGAAAGCCAAAGCUCAGAUGACGACGAUGACGCUGAAGACGAUUCAGACUAAGGAGGUGGGAACGGACAGAUGGAAGCCCGUAUGGUACCGGUAGAAUCCUAUUGUGUUCGAGUGGCGAGUCGACGAAGGGUGAAACCAUGUGCUGUCAUCAUGAAUUCAAGGAAAAGCUGAAGGAUGUCCUUUCUGACCAAUUUGGGAGAGGCACAGAGAUUGAGAGUUCUUGAAAGGAGAUCAAAAGGCUUUGUUUCUGCAUCCUUUUCAAAUUUUCACAUGACAGAACAAAGGCUGACUUAAACCUUCUGACACAGCAGGUAAUGCAUUUAUUUGAAAACCCGUUUUGUAUCCCACUGGCUGGGAUUGCACUGUUACAUUUUAUUACUUGAAGAAAACAACAGCAACUUCAUUUUGCCAAUACUGUACCGUGUAUUCCACCCGCAAACCAAAUGUUUGCUGGUGUUUGAGCCACAGUCUGAACGCUCCGGUCGCAAAUAUGGCGUGCGAGUGCACAGUCUUGAUCUGAAAAUCCUUUGAUUGCAAACUGUCCCAGUGAUCUUCUUCUCUCCACGCAUCACAUCCACUAACACAACUGCAUUUUUUUUUGCUGUCAUUUUUUACUGAUGAUGAAACGCUGAGCAAUAUGCAUCAGUGUCUAGGUUUUUAGUUACUGCCUUAAUUAUUUCAUUCCUUUUUUAUAUAGUAUAUAUUUUACACAAUGCUUUUAAUAAAUGAAUUUCUAAUAAA